AUGAGCCCUCGCUCCACGUCCAGCAGCUCUGGCGAAUCUAUCAAGUUACCCAGAAGUCGGACUGAUAAGCGAGGAUACGCUGUGGGCUCUUCGGCAAGUCAGGUAAGUGGCUCUGGUAUGGGCAUGGAUCCGUCAAAAGUAGCUACCGAGUCAUCAGAAAGCGUGGUCUCUAGCUCAUCGAAAAGGACAGCCAUCCAUUCAAAAAAAGAAAAAAUACCCGCCGGCCCAAUGCCGGCAGGAAGCAGUGAUGGACCAGCUGUUCAACAUGGAUCAGGCCGACAUGGACUUGAAGGGCAAACAUGGUCAUUGAAAGAGCCAACAAGCAGCCAAGCUCAGGCGGGAGACCGGAUUAAAAGAUCCGGUGCCACAUCCGGUAGUCGAGAGCAAGCAAGAGGCGGUGGGGAAACUAUUUUACCAGUGCAGCGCCAAAGCAGACUCGAAGGAUGGCAGGAUGCGAAAAUCACUGAAUCAGGGGACCAGGUGCAGGCACAAGGUGGACUAAAACCACAAGAGGGCGUAGGCGCCCGUGCACUUAACAGCGAACCGCAGGAACGAUGUUGUGCGGGGGCCAGUAUUUCGCAUGAGCAAGGGAAAGGUAGACCGCUCCCCGACAUGGCAGACGAGACCACGUCGGACAGCCUCCCAGGCAUCUCCAAUGUACAUCAAUACUCCGUAGGGACAUCCAAUCUCACCAACUUUCAGUCCCUUGGUCUAAAUAGUACUCCAACGCGCCAGCACAUGCUCAGUGGUCUUUCGGAUUUCUCAACGUCGAGCUGGCACAUGCCUCGAAGCGUGAAAGACUUCAUCGCAGCACUCGUAAGUUUGAAGGUUGAAGGCCCUUUGAAACUAACAAAUGGACUGGUAGAUAAGCUCAAACUUGGCGAGGGCGGCCAGUUCGCCGUCUACAGCAACGAGCUGCUGGACGAGUCCGAUUGUAGCACCACUACAACUCUUGAAAAAGUUGCUGUCAAGAAAUGCAUCAAAUUCCAAGACAUCUCAGCGAACGAACGUCUCGAUCUGCUUUCUCCUCAAUAUCGGACACAGGUCCACGACAUGUUGCUGGAAGUGGCUGCUCUUCGCGAUACUCGCCUCCAUAACCAUCGAAAUAUCGUCCAGCUCAUUGGCUACGGCAUCGAGAUGGACACAUGGCAUGAGACGCCAUUUCUGGUCAUGGAAUUAGCGAUAGGGGACCUGCGCCAUUUUCUGUCAACAGAGAGGACAUGGGAAGUUUUGCAGCAGCUGUGCCUUGAUGUUGGGUGUGGUCUUGACCGUGUUCAUCAGUGUGGUUUAGUUCAUGGAGAUCUUAAGCCACUCAAUGUUCUCAUCUUUAAGACAUCAAUUCAUGUGCCAUAUGUCGCGAAGCUGGCAGACUUUGGCUUCUCGGUAGGUGAGCUGGAUGCCCAUCACGAUGGACUUAUCACCCUACAAGGAUGUUCCCAUGGAUGGACAGCUCCCGAAGUGGAGCAGUACAUAGAGCAUGGGACACCGGUUACAGUAGCGGGUCUGAUGGCUGCUGAUAGAUAUUCAUAUGGCAUGUUGCUUCUCAGCACCAUGUGCUAUGGGGGACGGUUCGUACCACACGAUCAGUCAAAGUCCAUAAAGGGCAUCGAGACCAUUACGUCAGCAAUACCCACUCGUCUGCGCGUGACUGUAGUGAAAGCAGCAAGCUCACUCCUUCGGUUCGACCACGCUUUGCGCCCGCAGCAUGUCGGCGAUCUUCUCAAAGAUUCCUCCGACACUUGCAAGAGCUGGCUCCAAGCCUGCCGUGAAUUCGAGCUCAACAAGCGACCGACAUCAGAUGCUGUCUUUCAAUAUGAAUGGGAGCUUCCAUCUCUUGCCCCAUUUCUUGUCCAAGGUCUUGAGAAGUCAUUCCACAGCUCCAAAGGCGACCUCACAGGUCCCCAGCUUCUCGCAAUGUUCCUCUUGAGAUCCUUCCAUGACGCUUCAAGAGCAGACAAGUCUGUUCAGAUCAAUAUGCUCAUGGAAGCAUGUCUCAAAGACUUUCCUCCAGCGCAGGCUAUUGCUGAAAGGGUGCUGCGCUCCUAUAAUCUGCCCAUUCCAAGCUUUAUGGCCACAGUAGAUACAGCGCUUUGGAUGUUCAAAGCAGCUUCCACCGGCUCCAUGUUCGCCUACCACGAACUGAAGCAGAUCAAUUCUAGCCUCGCGAGUCAAGCAAGAGAUCAGUUUAGAAGCAUUUCAGGGUAUAAUACGUUGUACUCACCCCUAUUCGGGACCGGCCCUGAAGGUAGUCGAACACUGACAUUUGGCAAUCAAGCGAUUCACCAAUUCGCCGCAUACGGGAACCUGGAUGCUUUGACAGCACUCCUGGAUGCAGAGCCCAAUAUGAUUCACUCCCGAAAUGAUUUCGACGAGACUCCCCUUUACAAGGCAUGCAUGGCAGGUCAGUCUCAUGUGGUUCUCGAGCUCUGUAUCCGUGGAGCUGAUGCCUCUCUUACCGCUACCAAGCUCCAAAUCAGCUGCCUGCAUUGGAUGCACAGCUUUCCGACUUCAACCAUUAACGAUGUUCUGUCUGUCUUAGUGAAGGCAGGAGGCAAGCUAAAUCACACUCUUGCAACAACGGACUCCUUAGUAAAUUAUCACUUUCCAUUCAUGUGGCCUCCAGGCACCGCCCUCCACUGGGCUGUCACAGCAUCUCACCAGCCUCUUAUCUCCGCUCUUUUGAGGGCAGGUGCUGAUCCCUCCAUCCGCAAUGGUCAUGAUCCAUAUAAAUCGGACGAGAACGUUCGUCAAAUGCAUAGCCAUGGCAAUGACGAAGUAGGCGAGUUCUCGCAAACUCCAGAUGAUUGCUUGGGCAUGAAUGCUGUGGAUCUUGCUGUGGCAGCCCAUGAUUGGCGCUCUCUCGAGACCAUCAGCCCCUUGAUAUCAGGCAGGCGCUCUCGCUUUUUCUUGGAAGACGAAGAAGGCUAUACCCCAUUUCACCGUCUGUCAUAUCUCCGCGUCGGAAGGACAAUUUCGGGCAUGCGGUUCUGGUAUCCAGCUUUCAAAGGCGAUGCUCCUACAAGAUGCAACGAUCUCACGAGGACUAUUGCCUGGCUACAAGCUAAGGGCGGUAAUAUCGAUCAGCUCACCGAUGCCCCUGAUCAUCCAGCUCUCAGUGGCGUUGAUGGCCUUAGUCCACUCAUGAUCUCAGUCACAAAGCUGGAUGACGAGGCUGUCGAGGCCCUGUGCAAGGCAGGCGCAAAUGUGAACUUGCAAAACAGAAGUGGUCGUACAGCACUCACUCUCUUGAGAGAUGUGCCCGUCUAUCAGGCUAUUCUCGAGGUGACCCUGCUUGCAAUCGUGAGUUGUCUUGUUAGAUACAACGCCGACGUUAAUUACUGCAGUCCGGACGGACUAACGCCCUUGCAAUGUAUCGCAGAGCUUGGAGAGAUUCGCUCUUUCAGGCUUCUGCUCGAAGCAGGCGCAAAUAUUCGCGGGAAAUUCAAGAAUGUCAAUACUUUGGCAUAUCUGAUAUUCCGCAACGGGACUUAUAGACUCAUCAUGGACCGAGUCGAUCAGCAAGAGAUUGAAGCGCGUGAUGUUGCGCUAUCCAAGAUCUUGCGUGACUUGAGCAUCCAGCAGGGUGUAUGGUUCACCAAUCUCGCGGUAGAUGACACCGAAUCAACCCUAUUACAUUGCUGUGCAGCAGCUGGGUUGCCAAGUUGCACGGCUGCGUUGGUAGCGGCUGGAGCAAAUUUGAACAUUCCUCGUCUGAAGAAGCUUUCGACGUCUGGACUGAAUCAGUCUUCCUUGUUUAGGCAUCUCGCACCUGGCACCCCAUUGGAUGUAGUUAAUCAUGAAAUUAGCAAGCCUCAGUGGAGCAAAAACAAUCGUUUGAAAGCAGAAGACUCAAUAUUCAUCCAAACUAGAAUGAAACAAGUCCAAGACAUCUUAAAAGUCGAGAGAUACUUGAAACUGACGAGGGAGACCAUCAUGACCAACACUUCGCUCCAGCUAUGA